UCCUUCACAACAGCCAGGCUCUUCAGAUCAUUCAGGUGCAGCAAAGGAAACAGGUGUGGCUCAUCACUAAAUCACUGCUGGACUCAUAAAAGCAGUGUUCUGCGUGUUUCAAUGUGUAGCUGCUGUCUCUAGUUGAAGGAAGUGCAGAGUUCUGUCUGAAAAUGUCUGGCCGAGGGAAGAAAGCUGCACCUAAGCCAACAGCUAAAGUAUCCCGGUCUGUCAGAGCUGGGGUCACCUUCCCAGUGGGCCGACUCCAGAGGAUGCUGAAAAAAGGCAACUAUGCAGAGCGAGUUGGCACUGGAGCUGGAGUUUACCUCGCAGCUGUCCUGGAGUACCUCUGCGCUGAAAUCCUAGAACUGGCAGGAAAUGCCGCCCAUGCCAACAAGAAGCAGCGCAUCGCUCCUCGUCACAUCUUGUUGGCAGUGAAAAACGACGAGGAGCUCAACAAACUGAUGGCAGGGGUCACGAUAUCAGAGGGUGGUGUCCUCCCAAAUAUCCAGGCAAGCCUUCUCCCCAAGAAGACCAAAGGCCCCAGGGAUGAUGGUUCUGCAAAGGAUGUUGAGUCUCAAGAGUUUUAGUUGUGAACGUUACCUGUUUGUCAAAAUAUAUAAUAAAGAGGUUUCUAUUUUCUAAA